AUGCUGAUCGUUUUAUCGCUCGGCGCCCUAUUUUUCGGCCUCGUCCAAGCCAACGACGGGUCACCGCGUGUCAAAACACCACUAGGCGACGUACGAGGGUUCUUCAAAACAUCCGAGCGCGGCCGGGUCUACGAGGCCUACGAGGGCAUUCCUUACGCCCAGCCACCGAUUGCGAGCCACAGAUUCGAGCCCCCAAAACCCAUAUCAGCAUGGCUCGGCGAACUUGGGGCGACCAAAAAGUCCCACGAUUGCUUGCAGUACGACCACGACCCGGACUUUGUGACGAGCGAGCACGUGAAGGGCUCCGAGGACUGCCUCUACCUGAACAUUUAUGCCCCUCUGCGCCAGAAAGGCGAAACCGCCGAGCUGCGACCCGUGCUCUUUUGGAUCCACGGCGGGGCCUUCAUGCACGGCUCGGGGAACCUCUUCGGCGCCAAGUACCUGGCGGACAGCGGCGUCGUCCUCGUGACCGUUAACUACCGGUUGGGACCGUUGGGUUUCCUGAGUACCGAGGACAAAGUGGUGCCGGGUAACAUGGGCCUGAAAGACCAGAGCCUGGCGCUCCGGUGGGUGCAUGACAACAUUGAAUGGUUCGGGGGUGAUCCCGAGCGAAUAACGUUGGUCGGUUUGAGCGCGGGUGGGGUGAGCGUCCAUUACCACUACCUGUCUGCCCUGAGCAGGGGCCUUUUCCGGAACGGGCUCUCCAUCAGUGGUACUGUUCUGGACUGUUGGGCCCAGAUGGAGAACGCGGCGGAAAAGGCCCGGAAACUGGGGGCUUUGAUGGGCUGCCCAACUGUAAAUAACAAGGAAAUGAUCGAGUGCUUGAAGAGCCGAUCGGCGAGGACUAUUGUUCAAUCGGUGAAAAGUUUCAUGCCCUGGCUGUACAAUCCGUUCACUCCGUUUGGUCCAGUCGUGGAGAAAGGAGGCGACAAGCCGUUCAUCAGCCGCCCACCGAUUGAAAUACUCGAAAGUGGCGAUUUUUUGGACGCCCCGUGGAUAACGAGCGUCACCAGCGACGAGGGACUCUAUCCAGUGGCAGAAUUUGCCACCAAUGACCGACUUCUGAAGGAGUUGGAUGCCAAUUGGACGUCCAUAGCACCUCACUUAUUGGAUUUCAAUUAUACGGUACCACUGAGGUUGCAUGAGGAGGUGGCUAUGAAAAUUCGGGGACAUUAUUUGGGCAGCAAGCCCAUCAACCGCGAGAACGCGAGAUCAGUGACGAAGAUGGUUGGCGACAGGCUGUUUGUCGUUGACGCGGAAAAAGCCGCCAGGAUGCAAGCCAAGGCCAACAAAAGUCCCGUGUGGUUCUACUACUACAGUUACAGAGCAGCCCAAAGUUUGAGCAAUGCCCUCAGUGGAACUGAACAAGACUUGGGUGUAUGUCACGCUGAUGAUGCAUACCUGGUGAUUGAAAACCACCGCGUAGUGCCGACGACGACGGAAAGUGAUCGCGCAAUGCAGGCAGACUUGACCCGAUUGUGGGUCUCAUUUGCUGAAAAUGGUACUGUUUGGUUGAGAGACGAGAUGGCAAAGACGAUGCUCGUCUUUCUCGUACGGUUGGUUACUUUAUUCAGUUUUGUUUAUUCGAACAGUGAUGGACCUCGUGUUAAUACAUCGCUUGGUAGUAUCAAAGGCUAUCACAAAGUGUCUGACUAUGGACAGAUUUACGAUGCCUAUGAAGGUAUACCCUACGCCCAACCACCAGUCAAAGAGAACCGUUUUGAGAUGGGCUGCCCAACUGUAAAUAACAAGGAAAUGAUCGAGUGCUUGAAGAACAGCUCCGCGAGGAGCAUUGUUGAAUCUGUCAAAGAAUUCAUGCCCUGGCUGUACAAUCCGUUCACUCCGUUUGGUCCAGUCGUGGAGAAAGGAGGCGACAAGCCGUUCAUCAGCCGCCCACCGAUUGAAAUACUCGAAAGUGGCGAUUUUUUGGACGCCCCGUGGAUAACGAGCGUCACCAGCGACGAGGGACUCUAUCCAGUGGCAGAAUUUGCGCUCAACGAAACGCUUAUGGCAGAGUUGGAUAAGGAAUGGGAGUGCCUAGCUCCAUUCUUGUUAUAUUUCAAUCACACGAUAUCGGAAACGUCUCAAGACAUGAUGGCACUAAAAAUUCGACAGCAUUACUUGGGACACAGGCCUAUUAAUCUGAAAAACAUAAGAGCAAUCAUCAAAAUGUUUGGCGACAGGCUGUUCGUCGCUGACGCGGAACAAGCCGCCCGGAUGCAAGCCAAGGCCAAUAGGAGUCCCGUGUGGUUUUAUUAUUAUAAUUAUAGAGCUACAACGAGUCUCACCGAACUACUUAGCGGCACGAAGACAAAUUUCGGUGUCAGCCAUGCAGAUGAUAUUUUAUUUUUGAUAGAGAAUAAUUUUGUCCAGUCAACAGCUACCGAAAAAGAUCGAGAAAUGCAAGAUGAUAUAAUUUUUUUGUUGGCUACUUUUGCUGACGAUGGACGGCAAAUUUUAACACCAUUUUGGAAAAGAGUCGAUGCUGCGGAUGAUUAUUUUCACUAUUUAGAGAUUUCUGGUCCAGUUACAUUUCAAAUGACUAACUCUUCCAACUUGGGAGACAAAAUGUUUUGGGAAAGAAUUAAAAAAAAUCUUAAUUUGACGUUACCAGUGAAAGACGAAUUAUGACGUACUUUUUGAGAAAUGUAUCGAACUCCUCUCACAGUUAAUAGUAAUAUGGGGCUGGAAGAAAAAAAAAAAUUAUAUGAUACGUUAAAGCAUUAUUUUAAUUUAUUGAUAUUUUACAU